AUAAGAUCGCCUACGUGCUCCUAAUCUGGUUUGUACUUUAUGUCCCACCCUGGUCGUUUACAUACUCGAUGAUUAAAUGUUGUCAAUUCGAUAAGUGGAACUAGCCGGGUCUGAAGAGGGUCUUACUUAUAAUCGUUUCGUUUCGUGCGUCAAUCUCACAACAUCGUGGAUAUUAAUAUCUUAAUCGUAGGGAGGAGGCAACAGCCAAUAUGAGGAAGAAGAGCAAUCCAGAGGAAUAUAAGAAGUACCGGAGAGAAAAAGGCCGCAUGGCCCAACGGGCCUUCCGCCAAAGACAGAUCGAUACAAUCAACAAGCUCGAGGAAGAGGUUUCUCUUCUACGAGACUCGAUUCGAAAGAUCUGUCAAGCUGCCACAAAUGAGCUUUCGUCUGUGAAUCAGAAGUCACUUUUUCUAUCUUCCCUGCCGCUGCAAGAUUCUCAGCAGACGGCGGAGUCAGAGCUCCUAAAAGCAAUUCGCUAUGCAGGACAAAUAGCCGGUGUUGAUGAAUCAGUCUCUAUGGAAAGUGGUCAUGAGUCCUGUUCAAAUCAGAAUCUCUCCUCUGAACAAGUUUCAGACUCCGUUGAUAACCAAGUUCCCGCAAGUGAUAUACCAAUCGGGACCGAAGGCUGGUUACUCACUGAUACAUCGUCAUCGUCAGCAAACAUACCACCUCAACCAGAGGAUCUUGAUUACCUCGCAGACCCUAUACGCAACGACAUAGCUACAACCAUACCUCCUCAAGAGUUGCACUACCCCUCAAGCCUAGACACCGGAUUGACAACCUACAAUUUCGACCCUUUACUUCCCUCAUCCAACUCUCUCCCCAUACCCAAAUAUCUAAAGCCGAAAACCCUCCCCUUCCACAUGCUCCCCUACAUGGACCGCGACGCAGACACAUUCGCCGGCCGCGUAUUCUGGAAAUCCCUCUCUCUCGCAUUCCAAUACGGCACCGCCUCCUUAGUCCCCCCUCCUCUACAGUCAAAUCAACACACAGUAAGACGCACACCGAACGCAGAAGACGAAAAGACCGCACACGCCAGCAAGAUGCUCAGUCACAGCUCCGCAGUUAUCGGGAAAGAAGCCGCGCUGCGUCGCAUCGGCGCUCGGCUCGAGUUCCUCAGAACCGGCACUCUCGACACAGACAGUCCCCUCUGGGACGCGAAUAGCUCGAUCCAGCUCCGCGUCCUUAUCGAAGAGGAUGCCCAGCGCAGAGGGGAGAAAAUGAGCGAUUGGCUUCGGAUUCCGGAUAUAGUUGACUAUAUCAGUAGUCGGUGCGGGAUGUCGAGUUUUGCGCAGCUAGAUGCGUUGGGAACGGCCUCGGUGGAUGGAGUCGGGAUCGAUGGAAUUGGACGAGCAGCGGGACAAGGGGGAGGAUUGGUGACGAGGUUAAUUGAGGAUAUUGCGUGGAAUGCGUCGUGUUUUGGAGAUGGGCCGAGGUAUAGAGCUCGGGAGGUUAAGGAGGUGAUUGAUUCUUGGGUGAAUACGUUAACUUGGUGAGGUACUGUCAGCAAUAAUCAGACAGGCUGGUGGUAUGUUUGUGUAUGAAUUUCAUAUUCACAUCUAAAUGGACGGUAUCUACCAGUGGCCCUUCACUCUGCUACUAACCACUCAACCAAGCGAAAGGACAUUUGAGGGUUUAUAUAGAAUGAUUGGGAGUAAGCAUAUGCAAAAC